CGGCCUCACAGCGACCGAAAAUUUGGGCGCCAUAAUUGUGGCACAACAAGUAGUAUACAUAUAUAUAUCAUUUGUAGAAUUAGUACCUGUAGUCCAGCACAGAAUCAGAUUUUGCGAUUCCACGGUAUGUAGUAGGGUAGUAGAAGAGCAGCGGAGCGAUGUGGAGCUGUAACCUUUGCUUGUGGUUUUGAACUUUGAACCCCAGCAGCAGUGUCAUUCAGUUCAUCAGUGUGAAGGCGAGUGUGUGGAAAGUGAACACACGUCACAUCUGUGGCUUUGCUUGUUUGCAAAAGGACAUCAAGGAUCUUGAGUGUCCGUUCGCAACUCAACAACGGAGGCUCAGGGGAGAUGGAGACAGGGAGCCCGAAGGAUUAUCUGAGCUUUCUUCCAGAACCGAUUUUGCGGUAUAUCUUGGAGAUAGCGAGCAAUGGCCGUACAAAACGUCUCCUUCACUACGCCUCAGUUUGUACCCGGUUUCUACAGGCUGUAUACAGGGUCCCUAAGUUGAAGAUAGAGUUGAAUCGAUGGGAAAUAAACAUCCGUGACUCCCUUGUAAAGCCGGUGUUACGAACUACUGAUCUCCAGAGUCUGACCAUUGUAUGCAACAGCUGGAAGUGCCUAGAGAACGUUGACGCACUGAAACUUUGUCUAGAGCACGCUCGGGAGUCCUUGACGGAGUUUCUGUUUGAUGUCACCACAACACGGGAAGAGGGAAAUGUAAGGGGGUACUCGUUUGAGAUAAUGGAUUAUGCCUUGGCCAAUUGCAGAAGGCUCAAGACACUACGAUUGAACCCGUGGAUGAAUGUGGGAGUUCAGGAUCUUGCCGUUUUCGCUAGUUACCAUCGUCCAUUGAUGUUGCUCGAGCACCUUGUUAUGGGCAAUGCUCAGCUCGACGCGGACGAUGGAGAUCUGGGUCCGCUUCUUCAACUCUUCCCACGUCUUCGAUCGCUGACGAUAGACGUUCAUCGCCUUACGACUCAGGUUAUUGUCAGGUCCUCGUCUCUGAAAACAGUUGUCAUUAGUCCCUGUCUCAACCGCGACCAUUACCGCCCUGCACACAGGACAGUUGGCGAAGUGAUCAUUGAUGCUCCGAGGCUAGAGCAUAUGACUCUGCGGCACGUUUCCCGGUUCACGUUGCUGGAAGGGACGUGCCCGAGAGAAGUUAUCCUCGACAACAGUGUCAGAGGGUUGAACCUCAGUCCUGACGUGCUAUGGAAGCCAGUAGAUAUGGCUAUCUUAGCCACGCUGAGCGGUAAACCGUCCGGCAAGUCUCCGUGCACCGGCGCAUGCGUAAACGACAUGACAAAUCUCCUUGUCAUGCACAGAUCCCGGCUCAGGAGACUCGGUAUUGACGUGCAGGUGGAACGCGAUGCCAGACCAACGGAGGCACGGCUGUUCCUAGACGCCUUUCUCCGACCUUUUCCCACGCUGACGAGCUUGGAGAUACGCGGUGAAGUGAUACCCUGGUUGCAGGACUAUGUGGGGGAGUGCGGACUGACAAAGGCCUUUUUGCAGGCUCCGCAGUUAGAAGAGCUGAAGAUUUGGGUUAAGUACUGUAGCCCGCGGACAGUUCAGCUCAUACGGUCAUUCCUGGGCAAUUGCAGAAAUGUGAAGACUCUAACAGUGAUGCUCUUCCGGUUCCCGGUGAAGUGUGCUCCUGCCUGGGGAUUUCUGACCGAAUGGGUGACGUUGGAGAAGGAACAGAUCGAUGAUUCUGAACAUCUUCUGUGCGGUGGUGAAGAUGUGUCAGGCGUAAGGAAUGCCACAGGUGAGAGGUCAGGAGGAGGAGGAGGAGUUUUCUUUGUGGCGUGUAGCAGGUUACACUGUUACGGCAAAUUGUUGAUGGCCUACCGGCUUCACCCACAUAGAAGAUGUGUGCCGCACAGACGUCAGCUUUUAUUGAUCAGCGUUCAUGACUUGUGAUGGUUGGCUGAUCAAACAAUCAUUGAUUGAUUGCUUGAUUGAUUGAUUGAUUGCUUGAUUGAUUGCUUGAUUGCUUGAUUGAUUGCUUGAUUGAUUGAUUGAUUGGCUUGACUGACGGGGGGAAACAAUAUAAUAUAUGUAUGGCUGCUAUGACAUUGCAUGCAAAGCUUUUUUUUCUUUUUCUUUUUUUUAAGUGCCGAGUUGUUGUAUGCGUACAAUCCGUUCCAUAGAAUGUCGUCAGCAGUCGGUUAGUAGGUUGUAAUCAAAGGUUAGUCGUCACGUGAGAGAGACCUGAAUGCUUCCAGCUGGUUGUACGGAGAUCUGUGCUGCUGUCAUGCUGUCAGCUGAGCAGCAUGCGUAGUCGCACAUCGGUCAAACAAGUCGAGAGUUCAAGUUCUGUCGUAUACCACAUCGACAGAGGUUGUGGGGACGCAAUCCCUCUUCUUUGUACCGAUUUGACAAGUCUGAAGCUGUUGAAGCGAGAAACGGAACAUCAAUCAAGGGAGGCAGCUCCCGACCUAAGAUCUAAUGCGAAACGUGUGCAUGUGCUACAAAAAUCUUGGGGUUAGGUUGUGGACACCCAGCAGCAGCCAACAAGGACUUGUGACAGCCAUGCUCGGUGUGUAAACCACCCUGCAAAUACUGAUUCGUCUACUUUGCCUGGUCUGCCGGUCCCGCGGCGGAGCCUCAGCAAUGACCUGCUCCUCCUGAUCAUUAACUACUUCUCAAGCUCUGGACCAAUCACCCAUCUCCUCCGUCUCCUAAUGGCUGGCGUGGGGUGCUGUUAGAGUGCCGCGAAGGGUUGACGGACACGAUACCAUUGCAACUGUUUACCUCGCAUACUUGAGGAGAGUUAAGGACACUUCUUCGUGUGUUGUACGCUCGGCGAAUGGGACUAAGCAGGGUGCUAGCCAGACUUCUGAGGCCUCUAGCUAUGAAGAAUUUCGGGCCAGUGGCCUAUUCAGCAGUCUCAUGAAAGACACUUUUGGAAGUAUUGGAAGCGGGCACUCCGCCAAAAGCUAUGAAGAGGGUCAAAUGGGACCAGCCCAGAAAUGAAUCAUGAAAACUCUUCCCACUUUGAAGCAGUGGAACGGCAUAGGAAUCUUUAUGUUUGUUAGGUGCCUUCGCAGAUACCAGCUGGGAAGAAGUGUUCGUUUGGUGGGAACGCUGAUUAUUUGCACUUGCGAAGUCCAUCAAAAGGCAUCUACGGCGACAAACGAUUGUUAUACAAAGACCUGCCUAGCCCAUGCGGCUGAAUGGCAUACACACGUGGCUGUCGAUAAAUGGAUCAUCAGUUCAAUUCUUGGCAGAAUCAGAUCAAUUUAAUCCUUAAGGGGAUCACCCUUAAAAGAUAGGAGAUAUGGGGGACCAUAUGGCAAGGAAGGUCAGGCUGGAGAAGAAAAGGGGCUUGGGGUAAUUUGUGUGGAUGCUUUGGUGCUUUUCAAGUUACAAAGCUGCUGGAACUCCUACCGAGGCCUCAGGCGGUUUCUCGACUUUUCAUGGUGACUCACUGAAAGAGGAAGGGAGGAGUAAUGGUGGACAGACGGGGGGAGGAGGAAUUGGUAUUCAUGCAUUGAGGAGUAGAUGGGUGCUUUGAUUAUGAAGCUGAGGCGGGUCUCAUCGCUGCCGCUGCCUUUGGGUGCAUUUUAAUGUUCCUGGUGACCCGAUGAAACAAGGAAAAAUAGUAAUUAUAUAGAAAAAAUGUAGGGAUAAAGCUCGUCUGCUGAAGAACUUUGGAACUUUGUUCUGCGUGUGAGGCUUUUUGCUCUCAUCGUAUAAAUUGAUAGUAGAGUGUUGCUUGGUCGCAUACACCAUUAGGAGGUGGUUUGAAGGUUAGGAAGAUGCAGAAGGGGUUCAAGCUUGUUGAGAGGUCAGCGCAGUUGCCAAGCAUUGUUUUUGUUUUUGAAGUGUUUGAAGGGUUUGUACUUCAUCGUAUUGUGCCACUUUCAUCUCAUCGUGUCUCCGUCUC